AUGAUCGGGAUCAUCCUCGCGGGGAUGAUCGCCGCCUCGGCCUUCCGUGUCCCCAAUAAGAGUGCAAGAGGUGGAAUUAUCCUGCUUGCGUUCAUCGUGCUGAUCUUGGGAUUCGCGAUGUCCUCCGUCCGCUAUGUGGGUGCGUCGUCGGUGGGUGUCGUCAAGAAGAAUGCACUGGGAUCGCCGCUCCCUCCUGGGAAGAUCCUCGCGACAGACAAUGAGAUGGGUAUCCAAGCCGAUGUCCUCGCGCCGGGUUGGCACCUCUGGUAUUGGCCCGUGCUCUACGACGUGGACACGCGUCCGCUGAUCGACAUCCCGGCUGACAAGAUCGGUCUAGUUGAAUCACGCGACGGGCUGCCGCUCGAUCCGGGACAGGUCUUUGCGCCAGAAGUCUCCAACGCGGAGUUCAAGCAGAUGGUGGAAGACCCCAAGUUCUUCCUGACCGAUGGUCAGGGACGCAAGGGUCCCCAGUCCAACAUCCUGACUCCUGGUAAGUACCGUCUGAAUCCUGAACUGUUCAUGGUCACGAUGGUGGACACCACUGAGGUCCCGCCGGCGACUGUUGCGGUGCUCAAGAGCAACUUUGGCGAUGAACCCACGCUCAACACUCCGGUCAGCGAGGGCGAUGAGCCGGUGAUCCUCGCGAAGUCUGGAGAGAAGGGCAUCCUCGCUGAGGCGCUCCAGCCCGGCAAGUAUCCGGUCAACACCAAGGCGUACUCCGUCGCGAUUGUCUCCACGCGCGAGACCAUCAUCCGCUUUACCGCUGGUGAAAAAGGUCUGCUCACGCAGAACGGCAUGAACCGAAGCGAAGCAAACGCGAACGAGCAGCGAGAGAUCACCGUCCGUACUUCCGACGGAUUUACCUUCCCGGUCGAUGUCCGCGUGGAAUACAAGAUCGAACCCAAAAACGCACCGAUCGUCGUCGCGAAGCUCGGCUCCGACAGCGCCCCGCUGCUCGCGAAGCUCAACUCGACCGUUCGUGCGAUCUUCCGCAACAACGCGGAGAACGUGAAGGCGCUGGACUAUGUGAACCAACGCUCGACGCAGGAAUCCCAGUCCCUCGCGAUGAUCGGGAAGGAAAUGGCGCGCUCCGGAGUCACCAUCACCGGCGUCCGCAUCGGUGAUGUCGGUGACGAGGAAACACUCGGACAGCUCCUCAACACCCAGCGUGAUCGAGAGAUCGCGGUCCAGGAACAAGAGACCUUCAAAGAGCAGCAGAAAGCGGCUGUCCAGCAGAAGGAACUCUCCAAGACGCUCCAGGAAGCCGAGGAAGAAAAACGACUCGCGACCGCGGCGUACGAGGUCCAGAUCGCAGAGCAAGACCAGCUCAAGCGCAUCAUCCAAGCGAAGGCCGAAGCCGAGGCAAUCCAGAUCGAGGCACAGGCGCAGGCAAACGCGUACAAGCUCAUCGCGGAUCAGAUCGGGAAAGCGAACGCCGCGAUGAUCGAGGUGCUCCGCGUUAUCGGCGAGAAGGGCAUCGAGAUCACACCACGCGUGAUGGUCUCCAACGGCAGCGGCUCCGAUGGCAACGGCGAAACGGUCGCGCUCAUCGGCACGAUGCUUGACCAGAUGGUCAAGGAACGCGUCGGACCGGGCCGGGCGCUCGAAGCGUACAAAGCCGUGUUCCGUGAUGGAGUGACGCACUCGGCGCCCGCGAAGAUCACGCUGCCUGAGAUCGUCAAACGCCACGAGGAACCGGUUAACGAGGGGACGACGAUCAAGUUCGUCCAGCGCCUCCACAAUCCAGAGCAUCGACUCUCGCAUCGCGGGAUCGACUUCGACGACAUCGAGUCCGUCAUCAUCCCGAUGCUCGGGAGGUCUGGGAAGAAAACCCACACGCUGUGCGUGAGUUCGCAGGUCGGUUGCGCGAUGGGGUGCGAUUUCUGCGAAACAGCGCAGAUGGGACUGAUCCGCUCGCUCUCUGCGAGCGAGAUCGUCGCGCAGUGGUGGGCGGCGCGGUUCAUCGAAGGUAUCGAGAUCGACAAUAUUGUGUUUAUGGGGAUGGGAGAGCCGCUGGAUAAUCUCGACGAGGUGUUUGCUGCGAUCGAGUGUCUGACCGAUCGCUACGGUAUCGGCAUCCCGAUGGCAAGCAUCACCAUUUCGACUGUUGGUCGCGUCGAUGGUCUCCGUCGCAUCAAGGAUCAGGUACAGCGAGAAGGAUGGAAGCGCUUGGGACUCGCGCUCUCGCUCAACGCGUCCAACGACGAGGUCCGCUCACAGCUCAUGCCGAUCAACAACAAGUGGGACAUGCAAGAGCUCCAGAACAUCCUCCAAGAACUCAGAGAAGUCCGAGGCGGGCGCAAGAUCAUGAUCGAGUAUGUCCUCAUCCCGGGAGUCAACGAUGCGAUCGAGCACGCCGACGAGCUGGCGCGGUGGAUGAAGCCAUUCCUCAAAGACCCCACUCGCGAGAAAGCGAAGGGGCACGGCGGGCUUCUCAACGUCAUCCCCUACAACCCACGGAGAGACUCCCCCUGGCCCGCUCCGACUGAGACGCAGGUUGACCGCUUCGUCGAUCGCCUGAUCACCCAAGGCGUGUUCGUGAAUCGGCGGAAAACCAAAGGGCGCGAUACGAUGGCCGCGUGCGGACAGCUUGGGACCGCGGAGAUCCGCAAGCGUGCGUUUGUGCCGAUGACUGUCGAAUCCGAAGCCUCACAGGGCAAUCAAUCUUCAUCUAAGCAUACCGAAAGUGAUCGUUCAUCUAUUCGACUGAACGCACUCGGCGAGCAUCGUCACGCACUCUUUGGAAACCAGGUAGAGAUCUACUUCGACGAGUAUCUUCGACCGCCGCUGCCCUCAAGUGAGCACGCGAUCAAUGGGGAUGUGCGCAUCAUCCAAGAAUCCAACUCGAUUCCGAAGCUGCCGGUGAUAUUGCUUCACGGUUCGCCUGGAAAUGGGGGAAACUUCCAGACUCUCGCACCGAUGAUCCAACUAUCCGGACGCAGAGUCGUCGUGCCGGAUCUUCCUGGAUCAGGAAUGAGUAAUUGGGCGCCGGACAUGUCGUAUGUUUCGCAAGCCCGGUAUAUGUCCAAUCUGAUGGACCACCUCAACAUCGAUCGUGUCCAUGUUGUCGGCUGGUCCUCCGGCGGUGGUGUCGCACUGGAAAUGGCGCACCAGUUCCCUCAUCGAAUCGCGUCGAUCACACUGCUCGCUUCGAUAGGGGCGCAGGAGACCGAGGGAAGCGGAUCGUACUUCUUUGAGCACGUGAAAUACGCGGUGGGAUUAGCUGGAUUGGGAGUUGGUCCGGAACUCAUUCCGCACUUCGGAUACCUGGGGACAUACAAAGAGCGAGCGGGAUGGCUCAAAGCGUUCUGGGACUCGGACCAGCGCGAGCUGACGCGGAUCAUGCCGAGCAUCGAGACUCCGACGCUCAUCCUGCACGGACGUGAUGAUCCGCUCGUCGCGGCGAGUGGCGCGGAGAAGCACCACGAAAUGAUGCCGACCUCUCGACUCGUCAUGCUCGACGCGUCGCACUUCCUGCCGUUCAUGCAGGCACAGGAGACGGCGGGGUAUCUCAACGAAUUCUUCGAUCGUCACGAUGCGCCUGGAGUAGAACCACAAACGGAUUACCUGAACCUCGCGCCCGUCCCGACACGCCACGGCGGUGAUGCACUGCUCCACUGGAUCGGCUCGUUGGUUAAAUCCAUCCCGUGGUGGUUGCAACUCAUUGGGUUGAUCGUCCUGACCAGAUACCUGCCUCAUGUCACCAUAGUGCUUGCGGCAAUCAUGGUCGUGAUGAUGCGGAUCGAUCUCGCGGUCGCGAUCCUCGGACUGCUCGUCGGACGCACGUGGUGGCUCGUUCGUGGCGCUAAUGCACUCGAACGUCCGCUCGGUGCGUGGAGAUGGGUCAGGGGGAUCCUGUUUGUGGUUCCCGCGAUGCUUGUUGGGAUGAUCGUCGCGGGAUGGGCCGUGGGUCUGAGCGAGCGUGUUGGGGUUGUUGGGCUGGCGCUGGGGUGCGUCAUGACGCUGGUAGUCGUGCACGGCUUGCGCCUCAUCAUCACUUGGGGAGGACGCCAACGCAUCAAGGGCUGGUUCCGACGCGCGACGAAUCAUGAGUACUGGCCGAGGGUGAUCAUCUAUAUGCCGGUCCUCUGGUGGGGUGUCAAACGCAUGAUCCGGCGCGGACUCCAACCACUCACCGCGGUCAAUCCCGGAUACUCCUACGACGGCGGCGUGCAAGGCGAAUCCAAGAUCGAUCUCAACACCAAGCUCGGGGACGGCGACGAUCCCGAAGAGUCCGUCCUCCACUGCGUGCUUAUCGACAAAUCUACUGCAGACGCUCGCACGCAAGCGGCGCUGAGCGCGAUCGAAGACGACGCUGAACUCGGGGGAUUCCCGAUCAUCGCCAAACCUGAUGAGGGCGAGCAAGGCCGCGGCGUCAAGUUGCUCAAGACCAUUGAUGACGUGCGCGGAUACUGCGAGUUUUCAGGAGAGCCGUUCGUGCUCCAGGAGUUCCAUCCCGGUCCCCACGAGCUUGGGGUGCUGUGGAUGCGACACGAGGAAGCGAUCCGCGAUCCAGACUAUGACGGCCCGAGCGGGUAUAUCUACGCGAUCACCAUCAAGCACUUCCCAACCCUGCGAGGUGACGGCAAGCACACGCUCCGCAAGCUCAUCCUCUCGCACAAGCGCCACCGCGCUCAGCCGAGCGUGUUCUUCGAGCACAACAAGACGCGCCUCAACUGGGUUCCGGAUAAAGGACAGAAGGUCCGUCUCGGGAUCGCGGGCAACCACGCGCAAGGCGCGAAGUUCACCGACGGCGAGCAUCUCAUCACCCCAGAACUCACCGAUCGGAUCAACCAGAUCAUCAACGGCUUCGAUCAACGCGCCGGCAGCGGGUUUGACAUCGGUCGAUUCGAUCUCCGCUGCGCCUCGCUUGAUGAGCUCGCGCAAGGGAAAGGGUUCGGGAUCGUCGAACUCAACGGACUCACCAGUGAGCCGACCAAUCUGUACGAUCCCAAGCGUUCACUGUUCUGGGCAUGGCGCGUCCUGCUGGGACACUGGACACAACUGGAAAGACUCGCCGAAGCACGCAUCGCGACCAAGACCGGCGAGCCCGUCGAUGAUCGCACGUGGGACCGCAUCCGCAACGUCCCUCGUCCAACGCGCGCGGUCGUGGAUCCGUCCCACCCCGCCGGCCCAGAGUUCCAUGUGCAUCGCGUGAUUCAGUUUACUGAUCACUUCCGAUGCCUUGUUCAGCAGCGCCUCGCGGGACUCGAUGGGCUGGGACUGAUCGCUGAUCCACGCGCCGAGUCUGGACUCCAAUCGACGCGACGCGAAGUAGCGAUCCGAUUCUUCCUCGCUCGCGUGGACGAUAGGGCCGCGGAUCCGGACCUGUCUUUCGUACUGAUCCCAGUGGAAGACCACAGCAGCGAAUGGGUUUGCUUCGAGCUGCUUACCCUUCGCGCCGUUGUAGUUGGUGUAGAAGACAAUCGAUCCGUUGCCGGGUUCAAUUUCUUUGCACAGGACGAUCCGAGCAUCGGGGAAGCCGUCGUCGUGGAGGGUGGAGAGGGUCAUCGCGUUGGUGUUGGGGGUGACCCGCUCUUCCCACGCUUGGUCGAACCACUGCUUGAAGAUGGGGAAUGGUGA